GGCAGCAGCAGACAAAGACCGCAUGCGAGGAGGCAGUCGCACGCCUGGAGUCAACUGAAUUUGGCUUCCCUGAAAUAAUUCUGGAAUCAUGCCUGAAAUGCCGGAGGACAUGGAGCAGGAGGAAGUUAACAUCCCCAAUAGGCGGGUUCUGAUUACUGGUGCCACUGGGCUUCUUGGCAGAGCCGUGUACAAAGAAUUUCAGCAGAAUAAUUGGCAUGCUGUUGGCUGUGGCUUUCGAAGAGCAAGACCAAAAUUUGAACAGGUUAAUCUGUUGGAUUCUGAUGCAGUUCAUCACAUCAUUCAUGAUUUUCAGCCCCAUGUCAUAGUACAUUGUGCAGCAGAGAGACGGCCAGAUGUUGUAGAAAAUCAGCCAGAUGCUGCUGUUCAACUUAAUGUGGAUGCUUCUGGGAACUUAGCAAAGGAAGCAGCUAUAAUUGGAGCAUUUCUAAUCUAUAUUAGCUCAGAUUAUGUAUUUGAUGGAACAAAUCCGCCUUAUAGAGAAGAAGACAUAGCAAAUCCGCUAAAUUUGUAUGGCAAAACAAAAUUAGAAGGAGAAAAGGCUGUCCUGGAGAACAAUUUAGGAGCUGCUGUUUUGAGAAUUCCUGUUCUCUAUGGAGAAGUAGAAAAGCUUGAAGAAAGUGCUGUGACUAUUAUGUUUGAUAAAGUGCAGUUCAGCAACAAGUCAGCAAACAUGGACCACUGGCAGCAGAGGUUUCCCACCCAUGUCAAGGACGUAGCUUCUGUGUGCCGUCAGUUAGCAGAGAAGAGGAUGCUGGACCCAACAAUUAAAGGCACCUUUCACUGGUCAGGAAACGAGCAGAUGACCAAGUAUGAGAUGGCAUGUGCAAUUGCAGAUGCCUUCAACCUCCCUACCAGCCACUUGAGACCUAUUACUGACAGUCCAGUCUUAGGAGCCCAGCGUCCAAGAAAUGCUCAGCUUGACUGCUCGAGAUUGGAGACCCUGGGCAUUGGUCAGCGCACUCCAUUUCGAAUUGGAAUCAAGGAUUCACUCUGGCCAUUCCUCAUUGACAAGAGAUGGAGACAAACGGUCUUUCAUUAGUUUGUGUGUGCGUGUGUGUGCGCGCGCGCACGUGUUUUUUAAUGAAAAGUACAGUGUGUGGCGUGGCACUUUUUAUCGCAAAAGGAACUAGUUUUGUAUCCGUGCUCUUUAAUUGUGACAUUUAAUGAUCUUUCAGGUAAAUAAGGCUCUUGCACUAGUGGGAUUAAACUAAGGAGCCAUGAUGCUCUGUUUGAAGUCAUAAUGUUUCUCUUUAUCUUUUUUGUUUGUUCCAGCCGAAUGAUGUGCUGUUGGAUAUAGUAAAUUAUGAUUCUUAAUUACUUGAGAGCCAUGAUGAAACAGAUCUGCUGUAGACUUUGGGGUGAGGGGUAGGUGAAUUGCAUUAUUCGUGCCCAUAACCUCUACAUUUUCAGGAUUUUUGCAACUGUUGGCCCUUUUAUGUUUAUUGUUUUAAAAUGUAUUGAGUGUGAAAAUCACUGGUAUUCAUUAUUGCUUUUGCUUGAGCUCAAAUCAAAAUGUUUAAAGAAAGAAACUUUAUUUUUGCAACUUAUGUGCAGUUUUUAAUGCUUGAGAUGUUUCGAGAUGUUAUGUAUAUUUGAACUUAUACAGCUUGAUGUCGCCUGCUUGCUUUUAGUGUAUGGGUGAGCCCUUGAGAGAGAGUGUGUAUGUGUUGUAUUUUUAAAACAUAUAUCUAUAUCUAUAAAACUGUCCUUUUCACUCCAUGUUGCAGUGACAUUUCAUGGGAAUGGUUGUAGUAAUAACAAGCCUUUGUAAGUGUUUUGUCCAUUCAUGAAUAAUAAUAAAAACAUACUGCUGAGAA